AUGGCGCUGGCUAGCGUUUUGGAGCAGUCAGUGAUGGUGAACCAGCAUGGGUUCUUUGGACUCAGAAGUCAGAAAGAUCUGCUGGAACUGUGUCUGGGAAGUCCUGGUGAUGGGCUGAGCCUUGCUGCACCAAACUGGGGUGCCCUAGAGGAGCCAAAAAUCGAAAUGUUUCAGGGAACCACCACCGUGGCCUUCAAGUUUUGCCAUGGAGUGGUUGCAGCUGAUUCCCGGGCCACAGCAGGUGCUUAUAUUGCCUCUCAGACAGUGAAGAAAGUGAUAGAGAUCAACCCUUACCUCCUGGGCACCAUGGCUGGGGGUGCAGCCGAUUGCAGCUUCUGGGAGCGGUUGUUGGCUCGGCAAUGUCGAAUCUAUGAGCUUCGAAAUAAGGAACGCAUCUCUGUCGCAGCGGCCUCCAAACUUCUUGCUAACAUGGUGUAUCAGUACAAAGGCAUGGGGCUGUCCACCGGCACCCUAAUCUGUGACUGGGGUAAAAAAAAGAAAAAAAGAGGCCCUCACCUCUACUAUGUAGACCAUGAAGGGAACAGCGUUUCUGGAACUGUCUUCUCUGUGGGUUCUGGCUCCAUGAAUGUUUAUGGGGUCAUGAAUCGAGGCUACUUCUAUAACCUAGAAAUGGAGCAGGCAUAUGAUCUGGCCCUCCGAGUUAUCUACCAAGCCAUCUACAGAAACGCCUACUCUGGAGAUGCACUCAGCCUCUACCACAUAUGGGAGGAUGACGACCUAUGUCUCUAG